GCGUGAUGGCGGCCUGGCGACGCCUCGCGCUGCUGGCGGCGGCGCUGGCGGCGGCGCUGGCCUCCCCCGCCCCCGACUGGCGGCGCUCGGCGGUCGUGUACCGCGUGGACGUGCGGCUCUUCAGGGACGGCGACGGCGACGGCGUCGGUGACCUAGCAGGCGCGGCGGAGGGGCUGCGCCCCCUGGCUGAGAUGGGGGUGGACGCGGUGUGGCUGUCGCCAGUCUUCCCCGGCGCGGCGGAGCACCUGGCGGGCCGCGGGGUCGCCAACUACACGGCCGUCGACCCCGCGUUCGGCGACCUGGACGACUUGCAGAGCCUCCUGGAGACCGCCGCCGCGCUGGGCGUGAAGGUGCUGCUGGAGUUCGUGCCGAACCACACGAGCGACUCGCACGCCUGGUUCGAGCUGUCGGCGGCUCGGCGCGAGCCCUACUCGGACUACUACGUGUGGGAGGACGGCGCGGGCAGCGGCGAGCAGGCCCCGCCCAACGACUGGGAGAGCGUGACGGGAGGCUCUGCCUGGUCGUGGAACGAGCAGAGGGGCCAGUUCUUCCUGCACCAGUUCGGCGAGACCCAGCCCGACCUCAACUACCGCAGCGAGCACGUGAGGAGAGAGAUGGAGGAGGCGCUGUUGUUCUGGCUGCGCCGCGGGCUGAGCGGCUUCGUGCUGGCCGGAGUGUCGCACCUGUACGAGAGCGACGAGGAGCCCCCGGGCCACGGGGGCACCCUGGACCUGCCGGAGACGUACCGCCAGGUGCGCCGGUGGCGCCAGCUCCUCGACGAGUUCGGCGAACGCGACAACCGCACCAGGCUGCUGGCGGUGGAGAGCCGCUCCGGUCUGCAGAGCGUGCUGCGGUACUACGGCUCGGAGGACGAGCCCGCCGCGGACAUGCCCCUCAACUUCCCCUUCCUCUCCGCCCUUCGGCUGAACGGCAGCUCCCAGGAGCUGGCGGCGGCCGUCGGGGACUGGCUGGCGGGCGUGCCCGCCGGCAGUGCGGCCAACUGGAUGGUCGGCAGCAGCACGCUGAACGAGAUGGCGUCGUGCUUCAGCGCCCACGAGGUGGACGCCCUUAACGCCGUGCUCCAGGUCUUGCCGGGCUCGGUCGUGGUCUACGACGGAGACUCGGAGGCCUGGCGCGAGCCCGCCGCGGCCGGCGACGAGGACUACCCCCUGCUCCCCUGGGACCUCUCCCAGCCUCUCGGGGGUGCCGCCUCGGGUUCCAACGACAGCGCGACGCGCCUCCUGCCACCCAGUAGCGGCCCGGCGGAGGAGGGCAUCGGCCCGGAGCUCGAAGACGUCCACAGCAGGCUGCUCAGAAAGAUGUCACUGAGACGUACCAUCCCCACCCUGCAGUCUGGGGACGUCCACGUGUCCGCGGUGGCCCCGGACACCCUCCUCCUGGCCAGAACUCUGGAAGGCUGGGAUGCUUACGUGGCGGUCGUAAACUUUGGAGACAGCUCGACGACCUUGAACAUGUCCUCGCUCUUUUACGACGUGGCCUCAGUCGUCGUGCACUCGUGCAGCUCCAACUCUGGGCUCAGGGAAGGGGAAAUUAUUUCAUCUCUGGAAGUCACCCUUCCGCCUCGGGCAUCGGUGGUGCUGAGACUGUCGCAGACUCCGCCCGGCGGCACGGAGACCUCUACCGAGGACCCGGAUAUGCAGUCCGAGCUGUUUCUACGAGACCGUGACAACAGCACACUGCAGCCACAGAUAUUCGAGAAUGGCACUGAAGCAUCAACUGCAGACGUGACAAACUUCACAGAAGCAGAUGGUUACGAGACGACACAAACUUCUACAGACACAACAGACAUCGGCGCCGAAGUAUUCGCUCAGACGCUAAGCAGCACUGAAACAGCUUCCGUCGUGCGAGGUAACAGUACCGAGACGGGCGAGGUGGAAAAUGGAAGCGCAGAAACGUACGCCGACACUGCAGGGGUUGAAAACAGCACGGAAAUAUCUACAGUGGCAAUGGAACCAUACCCUUCAAAACCUUUGAGAAACCCGUUUAUGCCCGAGGCACCGUGCUUCUUGUGCGAGGACGCACAGAAGCAAACAGAACCCACCACCAUACCGACCACCACCACCAACGGAGCGGGAGAAAGCUGGACGUCACACUUCUCACUAAUUCCAGCGCUGAUUUUGAUAUCGGCCGCCGUUCUCUAACCAGAGGACACGUACCAGUAACCUUCAAAUUACCUCGGGCAGAGAAAGCAGAAGAAGAAGAAGAAGAAGAAGACUUGCAUAAAUGCCCCACUUUUGCUGUUCUUCUUAUUCCAAGUUUUGUAAGAACUUGCUCAAAUGUCAGGUGCUGUUUUUCCAUGGUUGUGACCAGCUAAUCAGCUGUUAUACCACAAAAAAAAAAUUCAGUUAGAUAAUUUCAUAAGUACGUGUUUCUCCAAAAAAAAAAAACAGACUUCUCAGUUACAACGAACCAAUAGUUUUAUUGUGCCAAAUGCCUGUAGAGUUUACCAUUGUGGUGUGAAAUCACACCGUAACUUACUGUAUAUUCUGCUAUUCAAUGUACACACGUACUUUAAAAGUACUACCUACUAAUGUUCAUACAUAUUUGUGUAUUUUAAUGCUUGUAUUGCAGUAUGUUAGGAUCAGAGUUAAAAGAUAAAUGAUUUAAAUUUUAUAACAUUUUGGCAAUAAUCAUUUUCAACUACACAUUGAAAUGAAGUGUCAAGCGAAAAUGUAUAUCAAGCUGAAGUAACAAUAUAAAGGUUUUAAGUUCCCAGUCAUGGGGCGUAUAUCCGGAGGAGGAAGAGGGGACGGCCCUUUCACUGGAUUUAAGAAGGCCCUCAUUGAGGGUGUUCUGCUUGCAAAAUAUCGUGAGACGGCUUAAAUAAACAAAAAAAUCAAAA